CAGACACUGCCGCUGGCCUAUCGCACCGUGGCCGACCCCCUGUGCCCUGCCCACCCCAGCGGUCCCUCUCCAGCCCCGCCAGAGCCAAUCCGCGGCUGGGUGUAAAGUAGGGCAAGCCGCUUCCUGGUUCAAGGAGGAGCUGCCUGGAGUUGGAAUGGGCCAGCGGAGUCAGAGAGGGGGGAGAACAGCCCAGCGAGCCCGCGGUCUGCAAAGAGAGAGCCAAGGCAGGGGGGUAUAAACGCCGGCAGAGAGACAAGAAGAGGCGGAUAUUACAGAGAACUCCCGGGCGAUACGUGGUUCGUCAGAGGGACUGGUGUGAGAUUUUGGACAGUGCGGAGAGAGCGGUGACCCCCGGGGAGCGACGAGGGGGGAGAGAGGCGGGUGGGAGUGAAUCCAGGAAGUACAGAAGCCGGUCAGGUGGGACGCGACGAGAUAACAUAGGUGACACCGGCGCACAGCUUUGUAUCCCUGGAAACCUUUUGGCUCUGCUGGAGAAGAACAGAAACAGGAAGAAGUGGAAAAUAGAGAGGGAGGAAGAGAGCAGGGACCCGUCCUCCUCUGAGUUUAUGGACUGGAGGUGGCGAUGUCUCCAGGAGAGGACGGUCUGAUCGGGAUCCCCUUCCCAGAGCACAGCAGCGAGAUCCUGUUCUGCCUUAACGCCCAGCGCAGGGCGGGGCUACUCUGUGACCUCACCCUGACCUCGCGGGGUGCCCGCUACCCCACCCACCGCUCCGUCAUGGCUGCCGUCAGCCUCUACUUCCGCGGGCUGUUUGGGGCGGAGGAGGGGGCCGAGGCAGGGGGUGAGGCGGGGGGAGGAGGAGGUUUCAGUGUGUGCCAGCUGGACUGUGUAGCGCCCGAUGCCCUGGAUGCCCUGCUGGAGUUUGCCUACACGGCCACCCUGACCAUCCGCAGCUCUGGCAUGAGAGACGUGUUGAGAGGAGCUCAGUUACUGGGGAUCCAGUGUGUGGUUGAUGCCUGUAGAGACAUACUGGGGGAGACGGCGGGGGAGGUGGAGUGGGAGACGGGGGAGGAGAGGGUACAGGCGGAGAGGGAGAGAAGGGUGGAGAGGGGGAUGAAGAAAAGCUCCCGGAGGAAGAUAGACAGACGGAGAGUCACCAAGGUGGAGUCAUCGCACCACCAACCACUGCCUCAUCGCCCGAACAUCAACACACACCAGCACCCCUCCACUCCUCCUCCACACCCCUCACCUGUUCAAGACGGGGCCCACUCUCAUCCCUCCACCCGACCCCCCACCCCUGAGCAGGAUGAACAUCCCCCCACCACGGGACAGAAUGGGGAGAGGAAGCAGGGCAGGGAUGCAGGGAGAGGGAGUACAGCAGUCAACGGAGGGGUGCACUGGCCUCAGGAGCGACUUCUCGCCCACCACCCCCCUCUCCCCCUCUCAGACGACAGGCUGUCAGAAGACGAGGAGGAGAUGGAGGGAGUGGGGAACGGUGGGGUGCCCAGCUUUACUUCCGCCCCCCUGGCAGAGCAAGGGGUGGCCACGGGGGCAGGAGGAGGGGGUAGGAAGAGGAAGUCUCAGACCCCCCAGCAGUGUCCUGUCUGUCAGAAGAUCAUCCACGGAGCAGGGAAGCUGCCCAGACACAUGAGAACACACACUGGGGAGAAACCAUUCGAGUGCUCUACCUGCGGGGUCCGCUUUACCAGGAAUGACAAGUUGAAGAUCCACAUGCGUAAACACACAGGGGAGCGUCCGUACCCUUGCCCCCACUGCCCCGCCCGCUUCCUGCAUUCCUACGACCUGAAGAACCACUUGUCUCUCCAUAGUGGGGCGCGCCCCUUCGAGUGCCCGCUCUGCCACAAGGCCUUCGCCCGCGAGGACCACCUCCAGCGCCACCGCAAGGGCCUUAGCUGCCUGGAAGUCCGUACCCGGGCACGGCCGAGGCGCGGGCCUGGGGCUGACCACGGGGAAGAGGGCAGAAGGGCUAGAGGAGGAGGAAGAGGGUAUUCUCCAGACCAACUCGACCCGCUGGAGAGUCUGGCCCUGCAGCCCCACGCCUCAGCAUUCCACCCCCGUGUUGGAAUGGUUGGCCUAGGGGAUGGGGCUGAGGCUGGGGCUGGAGGUCAAAUGGUGUUCCAGGAGGAGGCUGACAGGGAGCAAGCUAUAGCCCUCCUAGGGCCUCACAGGUUACCCUACCCUGGUCUGCUGUGGAGAGGCCUGCAGUUGGGGGUGAGAGGGGUGGAGGGGGAGGCAGAGGCAGAGGAGGAUGAGGAAGACGAGUGAGAAGAGAGGAAGAGAAGAGCGUGCAUGGAUCUGUAUGUGUGUGCAUGUGUUUGUGUGCGCGCAUGUGCAUUUGUAUAUGCAUAAGUGUGUGUGUGUGUGUGUGUGUGUGUGUGUGUGUGUGUGUGUGUGUGUGUGUGUGUGUGUGUGUGUGUGUGUGUGUGUGUGUGUGUGUGUGGCACCCACAGUAUGGAUGGGGAUCUCACUCAGGUGACUGGACCUGCUCCUUCUUACAAAGCGCUUAGAGAAAGACUAAACGAUAGAGAAAGACUAAACGAUAGAGAAAGACUAAACGAUACAAAAAGAAUAAUGGAAACGGGUUUUCUGAUUUGUUAUUGUUGUUCCAUGGCUCUCUGUUUUUAUUUCAGUUGUCUUUUAUUUCUAUUUUCCAUUAUUUCUAUUUUAUUUCAUGCUGUGGUUAUUCUUAUUAGCUGUACAUAAAAAGAGGCUUUAUUGAGGGAAUGUUUUGAGCAUAGAUGUGCUGAUGGGGAUAUGGGGUUCUUUUCUCGCACUAUGCAAACUGAAGUCAGGAGCUGAGAAACAUGAGGUGUCCAGAUGUAAAAAAGAAGAUAAAACAAAUCAUGUAUUUUUGAGCAGAGUUCUGUUAGAGUAAUAUAACAAUCAAAUGUUAUUGAAGUUCAAACAACGUAUGUACAACAUCCAUCUGGGUCUAAUAAACCCUAUCACUCUUCUUGUCACUAUACUAGCACUCUCAGCGGGGUAGUAAGAAACCGGAAUCAUCCGGUUUUCAGUGGAAAAGCAGAGAAGACACAAAGCCUGAAAACAGGUAGCUUCCGGUUCCUUCCGACCCACUCAGGCGUUUGUUUUACGCCUGCUAAGUUAGGUAAGUAUAGUAGUAGGUGUGGAAUCUGCUGUUUCACUUUGGGUGUACUGUACUACCCUCUAGUGGUUAUUGGUGGUGCUAGUUGCCAAUGGCAACAAGUUACACAGGUUUCCUAUUGAAGAUAGCCAUUAUCUAACAGUAACACUCUUAUUUUAAGGCGUAUUAUUUUGCUGUCUGUUGUAAGAAGAUUUUCAUGCCCUUUAAUGAGGCACUGAUGAUACCAAAGAUUUCAGUUUAUUUCUUCCUAAUCAAUCAGUUUGAUCAAGCACAGGAGCACCAGAGCUAUAGAUUGAGAUCCCAAUGGGCACGCACUGGUUUAAUCAUUGUUGGUUCCAUGUCAUUUCAAUGAAUUUACAUUAAACCAAUGUGGAAUAGACAUUGAAUUGAUGUCUGUGCCCAGUGGGAUGGCUCUAAGGGUAUCCUGGGAUUUUAGAGCCAAGGUUUGGUUAAAAGACCUGUCUUCAUUUGCCCGGUUCUCGCUGCAGAGUGCUAGAAGGGUUGGAGACUGCUUCCAUAGUUUAGAUUCUCUGUGGAGCUCUAGUGCUCUGUGAAAAAUGCCUGACCAAAACUAGACUACAUCUGCAGGGUCAUUGGAUGAUUGUUAAUGAGAGGUGUGUUUGUUGCUUUAGCGAUUACUUUUUGACAUCGACAGGGGACAAUUCCUUUCCAAAGUUUCCUUCUUUAGAAUGUCUUCUGAUCAUGCACUCCUCGUUUUUUGUUGAUUGCAAAAAGAGCGAGAGAAAAGGAGAGACCAAGAGGGAAGGAGUGAGGGAGAGACCUUGAUCCCUUGAUUGCUCUGUAUUUAUUUAUUUAUUGCUAUUUAUUGUGGCUUUCCAGUUGAAACUGUGUGUGUGACCU